GGACGAAGGAGCUGAACUUUGCAGCCUGCCUGGAACAAAGCGAAGCGGUUUUGAAGUAUUGUGAUGGAGAAGGAGACAGAGUACUUUGCAGGUAUUGCUAAGAUCCCCUAUCUACCAGACGGUGGAGCACGAGAUGUUAUGUGCUUCAAACACUACAAUGCAGAGGAGGUGCUGAUGGGUAGGAAGAUGGAAGACUGGCUGAGGUUCUCAGUCUGUUACUGGCACUCCUUCUGUGGAACGGGCACUGACCCUUUUGGUUUCCCGACCCACCACAGACCCUGGAAUCAGGGAAGUCCUAUGGAGGCAGCAAAGAAGCGACUCCAUGCUGCUUUUGAGUUCUUCAGCAAACUUGGUGUGAAAUAUUACACAUUUCACGACAGGGACAUGGCUCCAGAGGGCCUCACCCUGGAAGAGACCAACUGGAACCUGGAUGAGAUGACGGAUCUGGCUCUGCAGCUGCAGAAUCAGACUGGAGUCAAGGUGCUGUGGGUCACCUGCAACCUAUUUGCUCAUCCAAGGUACAUGAAUGGUGCAGCGACUAAUCCUGACUGCCAUGUUCUGGCCUAUGCGGGAGCCCAGGUUAAAAAGGGUCUGGAUAUUGCCAAGAAGCUGGGUGCAGAGAAUUUUGUGUUCUGGGGUGGAAGGGAGGGCUUCCAUUCUAUACACAACACCCAUGUUGCUGCUGAACUACGCCACAUGGCCGUCUUUUUCAAAAUGGCUGUCAAGUACAAGGAGAAGAUUGGACUGAAGUGCCAGUUCCUUAUUGAACCCAAACCCAAGGAGCCAUGCAAACACCAAUAUGAUUAUGAUGCCAUGAGUGUCAUAGGAUUCCUAAAGCAUUAUGACCUGGACAGUCACUUUAAGUUGAACAUCGAGCCCAACCACACCACCCUGGCGGGGCACUCCUAUGAACAUGACGUUGUCAUGGCUUCUGCCUUCGGCAUGCUGGGAUCAGUUGACUCAAACACCGGUGCUCCUGACUUGGGAUGGGACACAGAUCAGUUCCCAAUGGACAUCAGGAACACCACACUGGUCAUGAAGACCAUCAUUGAACAAGGUGGCUUGCAGCCAGGAGGUCUGAACUUUGAUGCUAAGGUACGCCGAGAGUCCCCCGACCUGGAGGACCUGUUUAUCGCACACAUUGCAGCCAUGGAUGCCUUUUCAAGGGGGCUCCGAAACGCCGUACGCAUCAUUGAGGAAGGGACAAUGAGUAGUAUGGUGAUGGAACGUUACUCAAGCUUCCGCCAUGGGAUUGGACAGAAAGUGGAGGAUGGUAGUGCCUCAUUAGAGGAGAUGGAGGACUUCGUCAAGCAGCACGGGGAACCGAAAGUCACAUCAGGGAAACAAGAAAAAUACGAAGCCAUCUUCAAUCACUACAUAUAACCAGGCUAUUCUCUCCAGCAGUUUUACGUUUAAAAUCUAUCCAGUUUAUUGUUAGUAUGAAAGGAGUACUGUUUUGUGUUUUACUAGCUUGGGUUGAUAAGAACUGUAGUAUUUCCCUUCGGUUGUGCCAUAACAGUAAAUGCAGGGGUUAUGAUGUGUACACAACUCUUUAACCAAGGACACUUUUACAGUUUACAGGCAAACACUUAAGCCAUUCUAUUAACUUAUUUUGUUUGCCAUCUCAUUGCUUAGCAUUUGAAACAUCCAUCCAUCCAUUAUCCAAACCGCUUAUCCUGCUCUCAGGCUCGUGGGGAUGCUGGAGCCUAUCCCAGCAGUCCUUGGGUGGCAGGCGGGGAGACACCCUGGACAGGCUGCCAGAGCAUUUGAAUCAGAACUAAAUGAGGGGUAUAUUUGUCUAUAUGGCUAA